AUGUCCAUACUCACGUGCUACCGUGAUGAGCCGCAGGCUGACGGGGCGCUGCAGAAUGGGAUGCAAGAUUCAGACACGACAAGGGCGCUGAUUAGGACCCCUGUAGAACCUGUGCUUGGCUGCUGUUGCAGUAGCCUGUCUUCCUCCGAGGCGGCUCUUUGUUGCUGUGACAGAAGGGUUCGGGAAGACAGCACAUUCAACCCGUCAGCUAUAUAG